AUGAAGGACAACAGGUCACGGCCCCACAAGAUCCACAUUACGUCUUCAUCGCUUCGACUGGGAAGCGUCGUCCGACAUCUGAGGAAGGAGCACAAAGUCGUGCCACCUUCUAGACAACGUGCAGGCUCAGUUACCGGGAGUGGAGGUGCAGAACGGAACCUGCUUGAUAUGCUUCGCGCCGAUCCGACGAACCCUCGAGAUCAGACUCUUCUCAGCAAUCUGCAUACGUUAUUCGAUCCGAAGAUGAAUCAACUGCUCCUGCUCGACUGGCUUACAUAUCAUAACCUCCCCUUUAAUGUCGUAAACUCAGACUCCGACAAAACACAUCAUUCCUCGGUAUCAACGCCCACUUUAUCGACCAAGAUUGGAACCAAUGGGGAAUCCUCUUGGCUUUGCCGGCUCUCGCGAAACGCCAUACUGGAGCAGCGCUUGCAGAUGAAGUUGCAGAUACAAUAUGCGCGUUUGGUCUUGAAGACAGAAUCGGGUACUACACGCUUGACAACGCUACGAAUAAUGAUACGGCUGUGGAAGCGCUUGCCGCUGAGUUCGAUUUCGACAGGGAAGAGCGUCGCAUCCGCUGCGCCCUCAUUUUCUGAACCUGGCCGUCAGGGCUAUGAUGUACGGCAGCAAAGGGAUAAUUUCAACGAGUUGCUUGCUCAUUGGGGCGAUAAGGACUUUGUGGCUGAAGAGGAAGAGCAGCGCCAGUUGUCCGACGCUAUCAAUGAGCUGGCGACCGACGACGACUUCUGUGUGCCGAGCAUGGAAGAAGGAUUCGAGGUUGAAACAGUCCCAGAAGGCAGUCAGGAUCAGGACGUACUGCCCGACAUCAUCAAUGGCGAAGAAGUGGACAAGUACCGCAAGUUUGGGCCAUUUGGCAAACUUCACAAUAUUGGCAUUGCUCUUCGAACGAGCAGUCAACUUCUCGAGGUCUUUACGAAGCUCAACGGCAAACCGCUCCUACUGAACCUAUUCUUACGUGGGUUCAAAACGUCUGCACUCGCUGGAUGUUUUCCAUCAUCGAGGAACGAUGGCUUGGCAAAGGCGGCAAAGAACAGGACAAACCAGCGAUACUGA